CGGCAUCAUGGCGGGUGCUGGACGGCGCUCCGUUUGCUCAUUCGCCAACGUUGACGUUGACGUUGACGUUGACGUUGGUUGGCGUUGGCGUUGGCGUUGACGUUGCUGAGCCUCCACCGGCAACCAUCCGCAAUGGCGCCCUGCGUGUCGAUCACUCGCAGACGGGCUGCAUGGUAGACAGAAGCAAGCAAUCUGACACCACUUGCUGCUGCUCGCCGCGUGAAGCUUGAACAGGCUGUCAGAGCUGCAUCCCGGAGCUACCCCUCAGCGCACGUGCCUUGCCCUUCACCAACAUCGCCGCUCACCGCCCGCCCACGCUCCGCCAACAUGGUUCUCUACAGCUUCUACAUAUUCGACCGGCACACGGAGUGCAUAUACAGCCGGCGCUGGGCCCCGCGCCCAACAUCCUCCUCCGGCGCGUCCACGGCCACGAAAUCCACGCGCCCCACCUCUAGCGCGUCGCUGGCCUCGACCACACCCGCCGCUGCCGCCGAUGCCCCCAGCACGCCGCACAGGGGGCUCUCGCACGCCGACGACGAGAAGCUGAUCUUCGGACUCGUCUUCUCGCUGCGCAACAUGGUGACGAAGCUGGGCGGGGCCGACGACACGUUCCUCUCGUACCGCACGGGCGAGUACAAGCUGCACUACUACGAGACGCCCACGCGCAUGAAGUUCGUCAUGCUCACCGACACCAAAGUGCCCAAUCUACGACAGUACCUGUACCAGAUCUGGGCCAAUCUGUACGUCGAGUAUGUCGUCAAGAACCCGCUGGCGCCCAUGGAGCAUCCGGGGGGCGUGGGCGUGAGCAACGAGCUGUUUGAGAGGGGGCUGGAAGCCUUCCUGGGCGCGGUGCUGCCUGCUUGAGGGGGGAUGGGAGAGGGGAUACUUUAGGGGGGUGGGAGAAAACACGUAAGGGGGAUGGGAUAAACACUUGAGGGGGAUGGGAUAAACACUUGAGGGGGAUGGGAUAAACACUUGAGGGGGAUGGGAUAAACACUU